UCAUGAGAAACAAAAAAGAAAUUGUUGCAUGAGUUAGGUCGCGGCUAAAUUAAAAUAUUCGUUCAUCCUCGUUUUUUAAGUAUCUGUGUUUUUGGCGGCUAAAAAAGGGCCUUAGUUUUGGCGUGUUGCACUGAAAGCAAUGAAUUGGAGAGAGCUGACAUUGGUCUCAGCUGGCGCAGUGGUUGGUGCUAUGACUAUUCGCUUACUCUUCAACCCUAAAAGGCGUUCAAUUACUGAUCCGGAUUCCGGUUUACAUCUUCAAAGGAAAUCCUCUUCUAAGAACCCAUUCGAUCCUUCUAAACGUCAAGGGUAUUUGUCGUGGGAUGAUUAUUUUAUGGCGAUUGCUUUUCUAUCUGCUGAACGGUCGAAAGAUCCAAACAGGCAGGUUGGGGCAUGUUUGGUGAGUCAAAAUUACGUAAUACUAGGCAUUGGAUACAAUGGGUUCCCACGUGGCUGUUCAGAUGACAAGCUUCCCUGGGCAAAGAAAUCUAAAAAUGGGAAUCCUUUGGAGACCAAGUAUCCUUAUGUUUGUCAUGCAGAAGUUAAUGCCAUCCUGAACACAAAUCAUGCAUCUGCUGCAGGACAGAGGCUCUACGUGACAAUGUUUCCUUGCAAUGAAUGUGCAAAGAUUAUCAUUCAAUCUGGUGUUUCAGAGGUUAUUUAUUUUGUGGAGAAGAGAUUGGACGGUUCUGACACGGCUUAUGUUGCUUCCCACAAGCUUCUGUCGAUGGCUGGCAUAAAAGUAAGGAGGCAUCAACCACAGAUGAAAGAGAUCUCAAUCAAAUUUGAAGAACCAUAGACACUCCUCGAUGAUGUCCUCUUCUCUGGGCUUUAAUGUGUCUUAUGUAUCUCUCUUGGGUAAAACAUCGAAGAUUGAUGCAUCUUAGUUAAUGCUGCUAAGAAGGUUGAGGACUCUCAACUUAUUACCAUGUAGGGUGUUCCAACUCUUGAGAUGUAUACCAAUGUUUGUAACUGCUCACUUUAAUACUUGAAGCUAAAACUUCUCAUUAUUCCCUAAAACACCUUCACUCGUUACUGCAAAAAGAUGAUGAGUUAGCUUCCCAAAGCAACAUUAAUAAGUGUUUUUGUUCCAGAGUGAA